ACUUUACUCCUCUAAAACUUACGAUAAUGAUUUACAACUUAUCUAAAUUAUAAACGGUCCAAGUCUCCAAGACAAGUCUAACAGUCUAACACCUCUACUUAUCCUGCAACACUCUCUCUUCCCGCCUUCUCUCCCUCCCUAUCUCUCUCUCUCUCUCCUCCAACCAUGGCAGAAAAACUAGCUAUACCACUUCUUCCAGCUGCUCCUUUUCCUAAUACACCCAACUACCGCCACCUUUCUCUCUCCUCAACACCACCCCCACCAUCAGUUCUGCCACAAUCACCAUCCUCUGUUCCCCUUAAACCCAUCAUUAAACAACCCCAAGACUCAAACUUUGUGAACACCCGUCAUCGCAAUAGCAGUGCCUUAAACCCAUCUCUUCUUCGUCUUCCUAGACGGCAUCGCCGCCUCGGUAAACACCGGGACCCUAACAAGGGUAAACCCUGGACUCAUCAUGGUCUAUCCCCUCAAGGUCAGCAAAUUUUUCAAAUUCUUAUCGGUACUGAUUUACAUUCAUCUAAUUUAGGCUGUAUUUUGAAUAGAUUGUUUGAAAAUCAAGGAAUUAGUGAAAAUCAGGAAGUGGGUAUUCUUGGUUUGGGGUCUGUGAAUGCUGACAUUUUGGGGAUAAUUAAGGGUUUAGGGUUUUUGGGUAAGUGUGAUUUGGCUUUCAGGGUGUUUAAUUGGGUUCGUAGUAGGAAUGAUUAUCAAAAUUUGUUAGAUGGGCCUGUUGUUGCUGCUAUGAUUAGUAUUCUUGGUAAGGAAGGCCGUGUAUCGAUUGCGGCUUGCUUGUUUAAUGAGCUAGAUAAGGAUGGUUUUGACAUUGAUGUUUAUGCUUAUACUGCAAUGGUAAGCACGUAUGCUAGUAAUGGACGAUAUAGGGAGGCAGUGACCAUUUUUAAGAAAAUGGAGGAUGCUGGGUGUAAACCUACUUUGGUUACUUAUAAUGUGAUUUUGAAUGUUUAUGGAAAGAUGGGUAUGCCUUGGAUUACAGUUGCUAAAGUUAUAGACAAUAUGAAGCGUGAUGGAAUCGCUCCUGAUUUGUAUACUUAUAAUACACUUAUAAGUUGUUGUCGUCGUGGGUCUUUGUAUGAGGAGGCAGCUGAAGUUUUUGAGGAGAUGAAGUUAGCUGGUUUUGUGCCUGAUAAUGUCACUUACAAUGUCUUGCUGGAUGUUUAUGGAAAGUCUCGGCGUCCUGAAGAAGCAAUGGGGGUUUUGCGGGAGAUGGAGAUUUGUGGAUAUGCACCGAGUGAUGUGACUUUUAAUUCCUUGAUUUCUGCUUAUGUGAGGGGUGGUUUAUUGAAAGAGGCUAUGGUGAUUAAAGCUCAGAUGGUUAAGAAAGGGAUAAAACCUGAUGUUUUUACUUACACUACUCUCUUUUCUGGUUUUGAGAAGGCUGGUAAAGAUGAAUGUGCAAUGAAGGUCUUCGAGGAGAUGAGAAAUGCAGGUUGCAAACCCAAUAUUUGCACCUUUAACGCCCUAAUUAAAAUGCAUGGUAAUCGCAAGAGGUUUUCGGAAAUGAUGCGGACAUUUGAGGACAUGAAGAAUUGCAAUUGUUCCCCUGAUAUUGUCACUUGGAACUCUCUUUUGGCCGUAUUUGGACAGAAUGGAAUGGAUACUGAAGUCUCUAGUCUGUUCAGUGAGAUGAAGAAGGCAGGUAUUAUACCAGAGCGGGAUACUUUCAACACCUUAAUAAGUGCUUACAGUCGAUGUGGCUCCUUUAAACAAUCGUUGUCUGUUUAUAAGAUGAUGCUGGAAACUGGUGUCAUGCCAGAUCUUUCAACCUACAAUGCUAUUUUGGCAGCAUUAGCUCGAGGUGGUCUUUGGGAAGAAUCUGAAAAUGUCCUUACUGAAAUGAAAAGUGGUCAGUGUAAGCCUAAUGAGCUAAGCUACUCUUGUUUGCUUCAUGCUUAUGCUAAUGGAAAGCAAACUAAACGUAUGUGCACUCUUGCAGAAGAGGUGUAUUCUGGGGAAAUUACACUUCAUCCUGUGCUACUGAAAACGUUAGUUCUUGUCAAUAGCAAAACUGGCCUUUUAGUGGAAACGGAACGUGCUUUUCAGGAGUUGAGGAGGAGAGGCUAUUCUAUGGAUAUAACAACUUUGAAUUCCCUGGUAUCUAUAUAUGGCCGCCGACAGAUGGUCAAAAAAGUAAAUGAAAUUUUGGAUUUCAUGAAGGAGAGUCAGUUUACUCCUAGCUUGAUAACGUAUAAUUCUCUGAUGUACAUGUAUAGCCGGUCUGGAUCGUUUCUUAGAGCAGAAGAAAUUCUGAAAGAAAUUGCUAGUAAUGGACUGCAGCCUGAUAUCAUUUCAUAUAAUACUGUUAUAUAUGCUUAUUGCAAAAAUGGUCGAUUGAGAGAUGCUUCUAGAAUUUAUUCUGAGAUGAGGAGCUCUGGGAUUAUUCCUGAUGUAAUUACUUACAAUAUUUUCAUUGCAUAUUAUGCUGCAAAUGAUAUGUUUCUGGAGGCCAUUGAUAUGAUUCGCUGUAUGAUCAACCAUAAUUGUAGACCUAACUCAAACACAUACAAUUCUGUAGUCGAUUUUUUCUGUAAGUUUAAUCGUCCAGAUGAGGCUGCUAUGUUCGUAAAUAACCUUCGCAAACUUGAUCCUUAUCUUUCAAGGGAUGAAGAAUUAAGGUUAUUGGAUCGAAUAAGGGGUAGAUAUUAUAAAUAAGCUCGUCAACCUUCUGAUGUCCUGGUGUUUGAGAGGCUUAAAUGUUUGUAAGUUUUGGCGCUAGUCAUAAGAUCAGUUGGACAAGAGGCUGACUUUUUUCAUUGGACUGCAGAUAAAAAUUUUAGCUUCUGCCGUUCCUAAGGUGGAUGCAAAAGUCAAUUUAAGAGACCUUUUGUUACUCUUUCUAUGAUCUAGAGUGGAAUUCUUGGACUGCAGCUCUGCAUAUGUGCCUUCUAACCUGAACUGUGCACGAUGCAAGACUGUGUUGAGCUACUUAAAAGCUUUUACAAGAGAAUGUACUUACAUAGAACACACGUUAUUCUCUCCAUAUAACACAUCCAAUCAUUAUAUCCAUUUUUUUUUCCCACUUUCUACAUUAUUAUGUGAGAUUCUUUCAAAGUAAUACUGCAUGGGUGAGAACCAAAAUCUUAUCUCAGGUACCCUUAGGCCUUUGCCAUAUCAAACACAACAUCCUAACUUCAGAAAAGGAACCCAACGAAAAACAGGGAAUGAUGCAAGAGUAUCGUUGAAACCUACGGAUAGUAUGAGGUACGACUAUAUGACCCAUUAGUGGCAUUUAAGGCUCCAAUCUACUUUUUGGAUAGAUUCUCUAUCUUAUAUUGUGGCUUAGGUGUUAAUAAAAGUGAUCCUUGUGUCUUAAUUUUACAAUUGAUGGUUGAAGAUGUAAGCAUGGAAACAAGGAUGAAAAGAAAAUGCUUGUACUUGAUCAAAAAUGGAUAACUUAAAUUCAAUUAGCCAUAUCUUCUUAACUACUAGGAAUUUUCAAGCAAUUCAAAUUGGAGAUUAAAGUAGAAUCCAAGAGCUUUCCAACGACAGGUCAUACGCCCAAUUUUAAUAAGAAAAAAGAAGUUAUGAUUGUUUGAAUUUGAGUUGUUCAGCCAGUUGCUUGGAGCGCCCACUCCUCCAAAUGGAUUGCCUGUUCCUUUGGUCGUCGGUUCAAGUUUUUGGCAUACGCAAGGAGCGGCCGCUCCAACCCCCUAUAUCGGGCGGAUGAAAUUAUUUCCUUAUUUAGCUAGCUUUAAUCUUGGCCAUUCAUUUUGUAAUCCAAAGGAUGCAAUUUAGGAACUCUAGGUUUGUUUGUAUUGCCCUAUAUAUAGGGUUAAGCUUGUUGUUUUGAAUAAUAUUUUGCUUAAUUUUGAAAUCAAUGAGAUUUUCUCUCUCCUUAACCUUGGUGAUUAUUCGAUAUCUUUGUGAUUGCUACUUUGUAAUCUUUGUGGCUACAUCUUAAUCCUAGUUUUACUUGGUGUUGGCUUUGCUUAAGAACCCUUAUUUUAUAGAUUUUAGUGAUUUUUGAGAUAGGCUUAUCUUGUGUUGUUGCAUUGAAGUUGUU